GUGCAUCUGACUUACGGAGCUCCCAGCACUGCUACAAUUCCCUUUCUCUCAUUGAAUAUAUCUCGGCAAUACAGGUUUUCCUUCCUCAUCACUUCGUACUUCUUAUCCUGCUUCUUUCAACUUUCAAUACUAUUGCUAUCAUUAUCCACAAGGACCUUUUCUAUCCUCCUCUUUUCAGUAAUUUGGUCCUUCAUCUCAAGAUGCUCAGCUACAGCCUGGAACGCUCCACGGGUCCUGUCACUUACCGCAGGCACCCAGGAGACACCUAUCUUCGAUCCAGUUCUGUCUCCCUCACUCACAGUGGAAGCAGUAGCUUCCACUCCCAAUCUCGGAGCCGCCGUAGUGCACCGUCCUACAGCGAGAGCCCAGAACCCUCUAAUGGUCCCCGCAAUGAGAAGGAGGCCUUGCAGGGAUUGAAUGAGAGGUUUGCUGGGUACAUAGACAAGGUGCGAAGGCUGGAAGAGCAGAACCAUAGCUUGCAACAAGAAGCUGCCGCCCUAAGAAAACAACAGGUUGGCGUUUCUGCAAUGGGACAAAUAUAUGACAGGGAGAUCCGAGAGAUGCGUAACCAGCUUCUUAAAAUCAACUCCGAAAAUGGGCAAGAGCAGUUGGAAAGGGACCGACUAAAUGAAGACAUUGAGCUGUUAAGGAUGAAGACACAGGAAGAGCAAAGGUUAAAGGAAGAGGCUUUGGCUGCAGAAAGGGCAUUGAGGCAGUUUCUGCAGGAGUGUAACCUAGAUGGCGAGCACAUUGCCAAAAAGGUGCAAGCUCUGGAGGAAGAGGCAGCCCACCUGUGCAAAAGCCACCAGGAGGAUGUCGAAGAGAUUCUUACGCAGAUACAGGGAAGCCAAGUGACCACACAACAAUUUGGAGAGGUGCCCGGGUGGGAUCUGGCAUCAGCCCUAAAGGACAUCAGGGCACAGCUGGAGGGACACAUCGGCAGAAACACCUUGCAGACUCAGGAGUGGUUCCAAGAAAAACUGGAUAAGCUUCAUGAGGCCUCCCAUGUGAAUACUCAAGCCAUACAUUCUGCCAGCGACGAGAUCACCACUUAUCGGCACCAACUUCAGAGCCAGGUUACUCAACUGGAGGUUCUGAAGAGUUCUCAACAAUCUCUGGAGAGACAAUGCAUGGAUAUGGAAGAUCGCCACCAAGCUGAAAUGGCAUCAUACCAGGACACCCUGCAACAGCUGGAAAAUGAACUAAGGAAUACCAAGUGGGAAAUGGCUACCCAGAUAAGAGAGUAUCAAGACCUGCUAAAUGUCAAGAUGGCUCUGGACAUUGAGAUUGCAGCAUAUAGAAAGUUGCUGGAAGGAGAGGAAAGCCGAAUUGGAUCUGGAUUUGAUCUUUAUCCAUUUGAUGAUAGAACAGUGAGGAUCCCUAGUACCCCAAAGCAUGUCAAAGUAAAGAAGGAAGAGAAAAUUAAAAUUGUUGAGAAAUCAGACAAAGAAACCGUUAUUGUAGAAAAACAAACCGAGGAAACACAUGUUACUGAAGAGGUGACAGAGGAAGAGAAAAUAAUUGGCUCUCCUAAGGGGGUACAAGAUGAAGAUGUUGGGACACAGAAGGUAGAUAGAAAAGAGGAACCUGGAAAAAAGGAGGAAAAGUCAAAGGAAAAGGAGCCAGUCAAGAAAGAGGAGAAGGGACCAUCUAAAGGGGAGACAAAAGGGGAAUCAGAGAUAAAAGAACCCACAGAACUUGAAGGCAAGGGGCCAAUCAAGAAAAAUGGGCAAGCUAAAACCGAAGAUAAGACAGAACAAGUAAAAGAUGAAAAACAUAAACCAUCAAAUGUGCAAGAGAAGAAAGAGGAACAAGUGAAGCCAGGGAAACUAGAUGAUGAGUCAGCAGCGGAUCUUAAACCUUCUAAGUUAAAGGAGAAAGAUGAGACUGUUGGAAAAGAUGAAGGAAAGGAGUUACACAAGAAAGAAGAGACAAAGCAGCCCAUUAAAGAUGAAAAGAAAGAGCCACCCAAAAAAGAAGACAAUAUAGAGUCUACUAAAGAUGAAGAGAUGUCAGAUAAACAAAAAAAGUCUGGAGCUACAAAAAAAGAGGAAAAACCAGAGGUUGUAAAGAAAGAAGCGCCUUCCAAGGAAGAAGAAAAGAAAGAAAAGGUUGGUGAGAAACCUCUUAAAGCAGAUGAGAAAAAGCCAGCUAAAGCAGAAGAAAAAACUCCUUCCAUUGCAGAAGGAAAUAAAUCAGAUAAGGAAGUGGAAAAAGCUAAGGAGACACCAGACAAACCAGAUGAGAAGAAACCACCCAAGAUAGAGGAAAAGCUUCCAAAACCAGAUGAAAAAAAGGCAGCUGAGGAGACCAAGCCAGCGAAGGCCAAGGAGACCAAGCCAGCCAAGGCCGAGGAGACCAAGCCAGCCAAGGCCGAGGAGACCAAGCCAGCCAAGGCCGAGGAGACCAAGCCAGCCAAGGCCGAGGAGACCAAGCCAGCCAAGGCUGAGGAGACCAAGCCAGCCAAGGCCGAGGAGACCAAGCCAGCCAAGGCCGAGGAGACCAAGCCUGCCAAGGCCGAGGAGACCAAGCCUGCCAAGGCCGAGGAGACCAAGCCAGCCAAGGCCGAGGAGACCAAGCCAGCCAAGGCCGAGGAGACCAAGCCUGCCAAGGCCGAGGAGACCAAGCCUGCCAAGGCCGAGGAGACCAAGCCUGCCAAGGCAGAUGAUAAAACGGCCAAAGUAGUUGAAAAGCCAGGCAAAGCAAAAGAGAAGCCAUCAGGUAAGACAGAUGAGAAGUUGUCCCCAGAUGCAGAAAAUAAGGAGCCGAUAAAAGCAAAAGAUCUGCCCAAAUCAAAAACAGAAGAAUUGCCACAAAAAGAUAAGUCACAAGUCACAGAGAAGCCUCAAAAAGAAGAUGAACAGGAGAGUCAGAAGUUAGAACAAAAAGGCAAAGAAGCAAAGGUAAUAAAAGAGGAACCUACACCAAAAGGAAAAUCAAAGACAGAGAAAUCUUCUGGAACAGAUCCAUCAGAGACCCACUCUAGUCUGGAAACAAAGGAUGAUAAGUAAUAAAGCUAUUGAUGAAAGCAUACAGAGGGUGAAAACGGCCAGAGGCCACCAGCUGCCUAUGAUUUUACUCUGGAACUGUCAACCACAGAGACUGUUUUGAAAUGGUGAACCCACUGUACUGCAAUGCAAAAUGGACAUUAAGCAAACCGCAUACUAGAUUGAUUAGGAGCAGAUGCAGCUCUCCAGGUUUCUCUAAAGUAGUGGUUCAACCCUAACCUUAAGAAACCUGAACAAUUAUGUGCAAAAGAACACACAAAUAUACUUGGGGGUGUAUAUUAAGAGUGCAAGUAAAAGCUGCGCUAUAGGAGGUGCUAGGGGAAGAAGUCAAAAGACCUGUUCAGAACUAGUUUUAGUGGUAAUAGG